CUCUUAUCUGUAUGCCUUUACUUUCUGAAGCCAUUUUGACACAGCAAUCCUUAAUAACAACUAACUGCUCUGCCCUGCCAACAAGAUAAAGCAAAAUGAGGGACCUGAGCAGACCAGAGCAAUUAAGUUUGGGUGAUAUCUCAUUCUCACAAAGUGAAGAUCUCAGCAGAGCACAUGCCAAGGAAGAUCCUUUAAAAAUGCAAGCCGAUGACAACUCUGAGAACUUAAGCUACUCUCCUUUUAUACAGAGUAGUUCAUCAACCAAGCAGGAAGGCAAUGAGGAAACUGAGAAGAUGAAAAAAAGUGUCUUGCUGAAAUCUUGGACUGGUCUGUUUAAGAACUGGAGAAAGACUGAUUCUGAAUCAGAUUCUCCCUCUUCAGGUGGAAUACAAAUUCUGCCCAAUGGGACGAGGUGCAGUCCUCCUGUCAUCCCAUUGCAGGACAGAAAACUUUGGGAAAAUAAGGAGACAAUUUCUGGUGAUCUUAAUCCAAACUUCCCUCCUUCAAUGGCGUACAUGUAUGACACUCUUGCUGAAUCAGAACUGACCAGUAUCCACCCAGCAGAGUACUAUGCUGAGAAAGUGGAGGUGUACAAGUUAAAGUAUUCCUAUCUGAAGUCAUGGCCUGGUCUCUUAAGACUGCUUGCUGGCCUUGAACUUCUAUUUGGGGGAAUGGUUUUUGCCUGUGUAUGCGCCUAUGUUCAGAGAGACAGUGAAUGGUCUAAUUUUUACAGACCAAAUUAUGGACUUGGUGAUAUGCAAGGAUACCGUUAUAAUGGACCCAUGACAGCCUUUGUGUUAGUAAUUGUUGGACUUGCAUGGAUACUGACCAUUGUCCUUUUGGUUUUAGGGCUAACAAUGUAUUACCGAACUAUCUUGCUGGAUUCCAAAUGGUGGCCACUUACAGAGGCCGUAAUUAAUCUAGUAAUUUCUCUGCUGCACAUGUCAGCUGGUAUUGUCUAUGUGAAUGAUCUGCAUCGUGGUGGGCUUUGCUUCAUGACUAUCGGCAUCAACCCCAUCCUGUCUAAUCUCUGUCGCGUGGAGGGGGGUCAAAUGGCUGGGACAGCGUUUAUAUUCAUCAACAUGAUUAUGUACUUGGUAAGCUUCCUGGUGUGUCUUAGAAUGUGGAGGCAUGAAGCUGCUCGCUUGGAGAGGGAGGCCAUGACAAGCCAAUUAAAUGGCCAGGUACAGCACCAGACCCUGGAAUUCACAUCCAAUACGGGAAGUUCUUCCAAUAGAUCCAAGAAAAUUUCAUUUAAAGAUGAAAUGGAUAAAAGCUCUGUGAAGGAGGGCAGGCUUGUCCGUGUCUCAGAAAUGGCUGAAGCACAAGAAAUGUUUACUGGAGCUAUUCCAAUAGGACACAUCCCUAAACCCAGAAUCAUCGCUGAUUAUAUCAUAAAGUAUCCUGAAAUACAUACAGUGGAGGACAGAGAGCAAUACAAGGCAGUUUUCAAUGACCAAUAUCAGGAGUACAAAGAACUGCACAGAGAGAUUACAGCCACGCUAAUGAAGUUUCAGUCAUUAGACAACACGAUGACCCAACUCCUCAAUAACAGGAGCAACCCUGAGGAACGUAAGAGAAUCAAUGGCUUACUGAAAAUGUAUGAGCAAAAAAAGAAUGAUCCAUGCUUUCUGGAGAAGAAGGAACGCUGUGAAUAUUUGAAAGCAAAACUAAGCCACAUUAAAAUGAGGAUCCACAAUUUUGACCAAACUUUCACUACAAAGGACAGAUCAUACUAAAAACACAACUGAUUUUGUUUGUUUGUUUGUUUGUUUUAUGACAGCCCACCUCAGUACAGUCCUCACUACAUCGCCCCAUCAAAUAUCUACAUGUCCAGAAAUUUCUACACUCCGAGGAGCGAGUAUUGCUUAUCCUCAGCAGUGCCUGAUACUCCUCAAAUGGAGGGAAGCCCUCAGCAUUUCCACAGAUGGUUCUCACCACCUGGCAUCAUGAAAACUAUGGAGGGAUUGACUGCACUGCUGUGUUUUGUUAUUUUCGUCUGUGUUGCUUCCACUCUAGUUUGGGAUAUGCAUGGCUACGAGGCCAGCAUCGGGGCUUACGUGGGUGGCUCUGGGGGCUUUGGCAUUGGCGCGGGCAUUGGUUCAGGAUACUAUGGUGGAACUUACGGCUAUCAAGGCUCUUACAUGACACCAUACUCCGCAAAGUCUGCAAUGAUCUCAAUGGCAGCCAUUAAUUUUGUUGUGUCUUUGGCCAUCCUAGUGGUUAGUUUCUCUAAGAUAAGGUGCGUGCGUGGAAAAACAUUUUACCUGACAGUUUUAGUAGUGGAUGUGGUUCUAGCAAUUCUUCAGUGUAUUAUAGACAUCAUAUUUGUGAUUGGGGUGAAUCCCACAGCCCAGAGUUCACAAAGCAUUCUGUACAACCCGAUCUUGAUGAUGUGUCAGACCUCAUUAGGUACAUCAAGCAUCAGUGCUGGAGCAGGCACAGGGUUCCCUGGUGCAUAUCCUUUGUUUAAUCAAUAUCUGUAUCACUACUGCUUUAUGGAUCCCGAAGAGGCUGUGGCACUGGUUUGUGGCCUGUUUGUCAUGAUUGCUCUGGUUGUUGCAGCCUAUUUUGCCUAUAAGACUCGAAGCAAAAUAUGGCAUCAUGGUAAACUUAAUAUCUACUGGGAGGAACCACCUAUUCUCAGAACAGACAGGAGCCAGAAUUCACAAGACUGGAGAAGCAAUCAAUACACCCCCAUGGUGGUUUUAUCAGAGAAGGCUCCCCCUAAUCUUAAAGCAGAUAACAGCUUCACCUCCUACACUGAGGGAACAGUGAGCAUCUACAGCGAAGGAGCAUACAAAGACAAUGUAUAUUCUGAGAAUGUGAACUGUUGCUCACCAAAACCAUUGUACCGGAAUCAAUGGAUGAGCUCCAGUCCUGUGGAGGAAAUUGAAGUGCAGAGCACCUCGGUACAGGAGAAGCUGGACAGCUGUGAGGUUGUGGAUGUUCUCUGUGAGACCGGGUACACCACUGGUGGAAAAUCAGACAAUGAAUUAGACAGGCAUCAGAUGGAGGACUCUUAUUCAGAAAUUAAAACGGAUGAACAACGUAGUCAGUACAAGACACAAUUUGACAUCACUCUUGCUGUAUACAAGAAUGUCUGUGUAGAAAUGGAUGAUAUCUGUGACCAAAUGAAUGAACUGAGUCGAGAGCUGGACACCCUGCAUGAGGAGUCCCCUAAGUUCCAGGCUGUAGCUGAGGAAUAUAAUCGACUCAAAGAUCUGAAACGGUCUCCCGAAUACAAGACCAAGAAGCACCAAUGUAAGAAAAUGAGGCAAGAACUGUUUUAUAUCAAGCAGUUGGUCAAAAAUUAUGACAGAGGCCUCACAAGGAGAGAGAAUGCUUAUGCUGCUGAUCAUCAGGAUUUCUUUGUCUAAAACGUACACUUCACUGUUUAGGAAGACAAUAGGCACUAAUAUGUUCAAAGUAAUGGUACAGAUGACUUGUUAAGUGACUCAUGUUCAAAGUAAUGGUACAGAUGACUUGUUAAAUGACUCUUUCUAUAAUAGUGCUUAAUGAGUUGUGUCUGUAAAGCUGCCACAGGUUUU